AAAUGGGCUCAACUCCUCUCAUUUCCAUCAUGGGAUACGUUGAUGGAGGCAUCCAGCUACUCUGUCAGUCCUCUGGUUGGUUAUUCCAGCCCAUAGUGAAGUGGAAAGGACCAGAAGGACUUGAACUUCCCACACUAUUCAAAGUGAAUAAAGACGUGCAUGGUCAGUUUGAUAUGGAGACCUCCCUUACAGUUCAAGAAAAUUCUGGAAUCAUAUCAUGUUCCAUGCAACUCACUGACCAGAGCCCAGAAUUGAAAUCCAGAAUAUUCAUAGGAAAGACAUUUUUCCAGAUCUCACACUGGUUACCUGUUUCUAUCGUACUGAUGCUCCUCUGUAUUGGUGGAUGUGUUUGCAUCAUUGUGAUGACCAUUUUGCUCUUCAAAUUCAAGGGGAAACUAGAGGAUGAACUGGAAUUUGGAAAGACACUCAGACUUAUAGUGAAGGUAACUCUGGACCCAGACACAGCUCACCCUCAGCUCUCCAUUUCUGAUCUGAAAACUGUGACCUACAGGAAAGCUCCCCAAGAAGUGACCUUCUCAGAGAAGAGAUUUGUAAGAAAAUGUGUGGUAGCUUCUCAGGGUUUCAAGGAAGGGAGACAUUACUGGGAAGUAGAUAUAGGACGCAACAAAAGUUGGCAUGUGGGAGUGUGCAGGGAUGAUGUAGAUAGGAAGAAGGAUAUGGCUUUGUCUCCAAUCAAUGGGUACUGGGUCCUUGGACAAGAGAAAGAAACAUUGUAUUUUGUAAACAUUUGCAAUAGAAUCCACCUCUCCUUAACAACCAACCCCACACGACUGGGUAUCUUUCUGAAUUAUAAUGCUGGGACCCUAUCAUUCUUUAAUACAGAUGAUCACACCCUUAUUUAUACUCUUACACAUCAGUUUGAAGGAUUACUGAGACCCUUCAUAGAGCAUAGUCCAUCUGAUGAGGAAAAUGUGACUCCCAUUUUCAUCUGUUCAGUGUUAUAG